AGUUGCGUACCAACCAUCGCGCACUGCACGUCGCGCGGCGUUCGUACCCGGACGAACGAGGCUUUUGCUCCAUUCCACUGACAGCAGAGAGAAAGAGAGAAAAGAGAGUGAGAGAGAGAAAAAGAGGGGAGAAGAACAUCGUAACUAGAAAGUAAAAAUCGAAAGAAGAGGCGUUUUUGUCCGAGUUUCUUCUCGAAAAUUUUCUUCCAAUCUCGAGAGCACUUUAUCGAGGCUUCAGGAUCGAAUAUAAAAUAAAAGAAGAAAAAUCAAGACGAAAAGAGUACACAUAACAUGAUGACCAAGUACGAGAUCCUCGCUCUCAGUUGACAAGAGUUCUUUUCAGGAGAGGUCAAAUUGACUAACGCGUUAACGAAAGAAAAAGGGAGGAAUAGCUAAAUAGAAGCGUGUACUAGUCGUGCCAACGAGAAGCGUUAAGAAGCAGCAGCUAUGGAUCCUUAUUCACUAAGUGUGGAGCGCGAGGCGUCGAAGAACAUCGAGGAAAAUGAGAGGGAAUGUUUUAAAGAUGCGAUUGUGUCAAGCAGAAGUCUCAACAAAGGCUUCGUCGAACCUACUACUAUUAAAAAUGCCAUACCGGAGAUCGCUUCCUGUAUCAUUGCCGCAUCUUUCCACAUAUCGGUAGGGCUAGCUAUGGCAUAUUCGGCUAUUCUGAUUCCUCACCUUGAAGUUGAGGACGCGGAAUUGCAUGCAACGCAAGAGCAGACUUCCUGGAUCGCUAGCGUGGUAGUAGUCUGCACACCUUUAGGCGCCUUGUUAGGUGGGUUUCUAAUGGAAACAGUGGGAAGAUUGCGAACCCUUCAAUUCGGCUCUAUUCCCUUCAUCGCAAGCUGGAUUCUAAUAGCACUUUCAACCAAUAUACCGAUGGUUUUAGUCGGUCGAUUGUUAGCAGGGCUAGCCACAGCCCUAGCAACUUCACCGGCAAUCGUCUACAUCACCGAGGUCGCACGACCAGAACUUAGGGGAUCGAUGAUAUCUUUCGGUCCAACUUUGGCCUCGUUUGGUAUGGUGCUUUCGUACUUAAAGGGUGCAUAUAUCCAUUGGAGAGCAGUGGCCUGGCUUAGCAUAAUUUAUGCAGUUGUACCAAUUAUUUUGGUACAAUUCUUUGUUCCGGAAUCACCUGUAUGGCUCGUUUCUAAAGGACGAUUGGAAGAUGCGAAGAAAUCCCUCGAAUGGCUGUACAAGCACGAAGCGAAGCAAGGGAAAGUGUGCGCCGCGGAGGCACAAUUCAAUACGAUCGUAAAGGAGAACGAGAUCAAAUUGAACGAGCAAAGGAAAAGCAAACACGGUGGUGUCUCCACUAAACUUAGGGGAUUCCUGAAGCCCACAGGAUGGAAACCAUUAACGAUACUCUUUCUAUUCUUCUCCUUCCAACAGUUUUCUGGCAUCUACAUCACUCUCUUCUACGCUGUCACGUGGUUUCAAGAAGUCGGUUCCGGUGUGGACGCAUACAUAGCCUCGAUUCUAGUCGGUGUAACUCGUUUUUUGUGUUCAAUGGUGAAUACUUGGUUGCUAAGGCGAUAUAAAAGGCGGCUCCUCUGUAUAAUCUCGGCUUUGGGAAUGACUCUUUGUAUGGCCGUUUCCGGUUAUUAUACCUACCUUAUUAGGAACGGCGAUCGUUCUGGAUAUUGGGUUCCUGUCCUGUGUCUAUUGCUUUACGUUUGCACAUCUAUGGUCGGUAUGCUGACUAUUCCAUGGACCAUGACAGCCGAAUUAUUCCCCACUGAGAUUCGAGGAAUCGCGCAUUCCAUUAGUUACUCCCUCGCUAAUAUGCUAAUGUUCGCUGCUCUACAAAGUUAUAGAAGUUUACAAGAUUUCCUUGGUGGAUCCCAUGCCGUGCAGUGGUUCUUCGCUGGUAUCUCAAUAGCAGCCGCCGUGUUCGUGUGGCUGUUACUUCCAGAAACUCAUGGCAAAAAGCUCUCGGAGAUCGAGGAAUAUUUCCAAAAUCAUUUCCUAGCAGUCGGCGCCGAGGCGAAAACGAAGAAACGACACGCCCAAAGAAGGAAACGGCGUACUGAUAAAUCCGCCACAGAGCCAUUAAAUCCGAAAACAACGCAGAACGUGUAGACGCUUCCUUUUAUGUGGCUGGGAGAUCAGGAGGAAGAAUUCCUAGCUGUGUAUGUACAUAUAAUAUUUCCUCUAUACAUGACAUACGGAUUAUCUUUUUAGUUCAAGUUGUACCUACAUAAAACGCGAAGAUGCGAAGAUCAGAUUAUUACAAACAAAGUACAGGUCUACUUUAAUACAGAGGAAAAAAGGGGAGAGAGAGUGAGAGUGAGAGAGUGAGAGAGGGAGAGAGAGAAUGUGAGAACGAGAGAGAGAGAGAGAGAGAGAGAGAGAGAGAGAGAGAGAGAGAGAGAGGAGUGAUAUUGAUUAAUUACAUUACGAAGCUACGUAGUUUCGUACUUAAAUAUUUUUGUCUAAAUAGCCGUAAGAAACAACAAAUGAGGAGAAAAGUAUCAUACGAUAGAAGAAAAAUUAGAAAAUCUUCGACAUAUUUCCAAGUUGAAUGGAACACGAAUAUGAAUAGCAUGAGAAUAUUUCUGAAAUAUUUUGUCCACAAUAUAUGAAGUAAACGAAUAACCUCAGUUAUUGUUGAUACGAGGAAAAUUUUAAAACAAAUAUUCAUAGAAUGAUAUAUGUAUGUAUAUAUAUGUAUAUGAACCAGUGAAUUGGCAAAUUCCCACUGAAUUGCCGAUUUACGUUUAUUUCACGAUAAGAACAGCUUCAAAAACCAAAUGUUUGCAUGUGAGAAUUCAUCAAUAUACAUAUGGUGCAUACAAGAGGGAGAGAUGAUCGAUAAUACGCACGACAUGUGCAUACAACGUGAUAUUACAAAGGCAACCAGACGAGAAAACCAAAAAAACUAACGAUCCUACAAAACAGUAUUAUACGUUGAUCUGAUACAGUCAUCCUUAUAAAAUUGUAUAUGGAUGACCGUAGAAGACGAUAAAAAGAUUCUUCGUUUGGUGCGAAGGCUAAUGGCUAACUUUAUUUUUUUCUUUACGUUGUAGAUUGUCUCGCGAAACAGCUUAUAAUCGUUUGCCGCUUUCAGGCGUUUUUUUAGCAUUCCUUUUUCGGAAACCAGUUGUUAACAACUUUACUGUGAUUUAUCAAUAUUUACAAAGAAAAGUCGCGCAACGAGAGGAAAGCAGUAUCCUGUUUUAUCUGCAGAGCAUUUCAAUUGUACGCGAAUAUUGUACAGUGCAAGCGCUGCCUAUAUAAUGUAUGCCAUUAAUGCUAUCCAUUGUUCGUUCAAACUUGCUUUCCUUCUAAUAGCGCCCAUCUACUUAAACUACAUACCUAAACAUUACGAUCGUCACUUUUUAUACGAUCUUUUUGUCACGUUUAAUAUUCAAGCUGAUAUACAGACCAUUUUUUACAAUCUUUUUGUACCAGAUCCCCUUUGUUCAUUGAAUGGCCGAGAAUCAACUAUUAACCAAACGUACAAACGUACUUUUUUUUACUAGUUCAUGAACCAUCGUCAAUUUACGGAUAUUCUAUCGUUGACUAAUCGAACUUUUAUUGGAUGUGAUAAUCGUAAUCAAUGGACCAGAUCAAACAUCCAGUGUAUCUUAAGAUGUCGGGUGGAUGCUUUAUCGAAAUUCAAUUUGUCCGUAAAUUGUUAAAUUACACAUAAUGCAGCCAAUUCUCGAUAACUGUUGUUAUUAGCAAAAGGAAAGAUGAGCUUACAAUUAAUCUCUGGUUAGAAAAAACAUGUGUAUCGUGCGUUAAUUUUAUCUAGGAAAAUUGUUAAAAAAUAUAUAUGUCGGGUUCUUUAAUUCAACAAGUGCCUUUCUUUUUUUUUUUUUCUGUCGACUGUUUGAUCAAUUUUUUUCAUAAUAUAAGUAUGCGUGAAUAUGCGAGCAGAGUAGAAUUUAUAUGAAUAAAUACUUUGUAUCGUACUGUAUAGCAUGCUUGUAUUCUUCGAUUAUACGUGUAUGUAUACAUAUAUACUUACAUCUAUAUGCGUAUACGUAACAUUGUAAAAUUUAAUAGGAUGUUUUUAAUAAAAUCAUAUUUUUGGAAAUUGUAAAA